AUGUUUUAUUUUAAUAUUACUUUAAAGAUUGUUCUUGUGUUAGCUGUUGUAGAUAAAAGUUUACAGGCUAAUCCAACCCAUUACAAAGCUGGAGUAGUAGAAUAUUAUCCAUCCAAAAAUCAAGACUUCAGUUUAAAAGUGCAAGAAAAUUUAGAGUAUUAUAAGAAACAAAUUGAUGAAGCUGCAAAACAGAAUGUUGAUAUCUUAGUGUUUCCAGAAGGGACUUUAAAUGGUGGAAUAAACAGUAGAAAUGAAGCCAAAGAAAAAACAGUGAUGGUCAAAUUUCCAAAUAAUGAAGAAUUAUGUCAGAAACAAAAUUUAAGUGAAAAGAUUCCAGAUAUAAUGGCAGAAUUAUCCUGCAAAGCCAAGGAAAAGAAAAUCUACGUAGUUGUCAACCUUUCUGAAAAAGAAUAUUGUUCAAGGCAAUCACAACAAGAUGCAAAUGAUGAUAGACCAUGUGCGUUCGAUGGAUUCAACUUUUUCAAUACAGAUGUUGUUUUUGAUAGGCAAGGAACAGUUAUUGCAAGAUAUCGAAAAUUCCAUCUAUUUGGUGAAGCAGCUUUCAACACUACCAAACAUCCUGAUCAUUCCACAUUUGUGACAGAUUUCAAUGUACGAUUUGGACUUUUUACCUGUUUCGAUAUUUUGUUCAAGGAACCAACUAUGAACUUAGUGAAACAAGGGGUAAAGAAUUUCGUGUUUCCUUCUAUGUGGUACAGUGGUUUGCCUUUCUUAACAGCUCUUCAAGUCCAAGAAUACUGGUCCUUCUCCAACAACGUCAACCUUCUAGCUUCUGGAGCAAGUAAUGCUUUAGUAGGAAGUGGAGGAUCUGGAAUUUUUGCAGGCAAACUUGGUCCUUUAGCUUCUUUCAUGAGUGUUCCUCAAAAAUUCGGAGAAGAAAAUAAAAACAAUAGACUUUUGGUUGCUGAUGUACCAAUAUUGCAACAUUAUAAACCAGACCAAGAAAAAAUCCAAAUAGAACCAGAAAACGAAUACAGUCACAGAAGUAAAAGAGGGACACUAUUGAGCUUUAAAGUUAAUGAUGAUAGAUAUAUUUCUGAUGAAGCAGUUAAAAUGGAUAAAUUUCCUAUGAUCCAAGAUGGAUCACUUAAAGAGUUUGUUUCACAAUUGAUAGAUACUGAACUGUCUACAACUCUAUGCCACAAAGAUCUGUGCUGCAAAUUCAACAUCACUUCAGAAAUUUUAAACAAGACUGACCAAAAUGUGCAAUUUUAUCAAUAUCGUGCUGUCGUAGGAGAUGUAAUUCGCUCAUUUUCUGGACAAGCCAAAGGUGGUGUAAAGGCAUGUGGAAUUGUUGCAUGUUCUGGAGAUACUAUUAAACAUUGUGGAUUGAGAUUCAACGAUUCUUCGACAGUAUCAGUCCACCAAAUUUUCAAAUCCAUCCAAAUUGAAGGUGACUUUCCAAAUAUUGAUGAAAUCUUCACCAUGCCUGAUACUUUAGAACACAACAUGUUGCCUUUAAAAAAUAACCAAUUCCAAUACCACGAAGAGAAAAAUGAAGACAAUUGGCUCGAGAAUAAAAAAAUUGUUACCAUGGAAUUGAGAGGGCCACCAGUUGAAGAACUGCAUACUUUUGCAAUAUUUGGAAGGGAUUUUAGAUAUGAUGGAAGUGGUAGUUCAAUUCUACCGAAUGCAUUUGUUGUGUUCAUGUCUGCAUUGGGUUUUUUGUGGAAACAUUUAGGAUUCAAUUAG